AUGCCUUCAGUCAACACCCUCAUCACUGCCAUUGUGGCCGGCCUUGCCAUUGGAGCCCAUGCUGGUCCAUGCAGGCCCCAUGGAAGCUCCAGCACCGUCUCAACCGCUGAAGUUGUCACGACGACAUCUGCUCAGCCUUCUACCACAACCUCUGGAAGUUACCCCAGCGUCUCCAACAACUCGGAGACCAAGACCACUGGAACCACGUCCACCACCGAGGCCUCUGAGACGAAGACAACACAGUCCUCUUCCGUCACCAGCAACUCAGUCACCGUGUCUGAGACUACAACGGAUGUAGGAGCUCACGGUUCAAGCGAGUCCGAGACGACCUCUUCCACGGCAGUUGACACAACCUCCACUUCCAAGGUUGAAACCACCUCCACCUCGGCUCAAGAGACUACAACCGCUCCCUCCACCACUUCUUCUACAGCCGCUCCAUCUACAACUUCUUCUACAACUGCCCCCUCCUCUACCACCGCCGACGAGUCAACCACCCAGGAGACCACCACCCUCGAGACCCGUACAUCUGCCGCCUCGACCACAACAUCCGCUGCGCCCAGCCAAACCUCUGGCUCUAGCUGCCCUCCCGCGGCCAACCUCGUCUGCGGAAAGACCGGCUACCUCGGCGAAAACAGCUCCAGUCACCUCCUCGACCUUCAGCGGGAUACUGACUUGGAGACUUGCAAGACCCAGUGCAAGGAGAAUGACAAUUGUGUCACCAUUGGACACAUCGCCGACACUAACCAGUGUGAGCUGUACGAUGCUUCGCCGGCUACGCUCGAGUUGAACGAGGACCCGAACUCUUGGUACGCCGUCUACGAAGCUUGCUGUUUCGAGUAA